AUGAACUUUCUUGUCAUUUUACUCCCAAUCACGCUUGCUGUUCUACAAACCGUGAGAGCAGCAGAACAAGGUCAUGCAGUGAUGGGAUAUCCAGCUCAUACACCAACAAGUCCACCACGCCGCCCUAGAGUUCCGUCUGGUCCGCAACCUGAAAACUCCAUGAGAAAAAAAGUAUGGGAACAUUGGGAAACACAAGCAGAACGAUCAUCGAAUGCAGCACGUCAAAAAACUGUUGCACUCACUCUUGCUGGACAUACGGCAAUCGGUAUGGCUAAACCUGUUGCAAAAUACGCUUGUCAAACUGCAUUAUGUGCUGAUCCAUCUCAUAAAGAACAAACAGAACAGGAUAUUAAGACUAGACUUAGGAUUGGAAAAGCUGCCGUGAGAGCAACUUUGGAUAAGACAGAACGAGAUUUCGACUAUAGCAAAGAUCAAAGAAAGACUCAUUUUCACAACUAUAGAGAGGUGAAGAAAGCAGAAGAAAGAGGUGAAAACGUUACACCGGAAUUUAGAGAACAUUAUUCUGCCGAAAAGAAUCAAUUGGAAAAACAAUAA